AGUUCAGUAAAACCCGUUCUUUGGGCUAAACGUGUCGUACCAGCGCGCUGUUAAUCUCUCUAUAUGAGUCACUAAUUUGAGUGUAAAAAAGUGUCUUAAAAAUAUCGUGCCAUUGAAAUGAAGACAGUGAUAGGCAUCUUGUUAAUCACUUGCUUCCUGGAACUACUUUGUUGUGCAGAAACUCCAUUGAAAUUGCUGCCAAUUGAGGAAUCUCUGUUCAAUUUGACUGUGAAUUUGCAUAGGGCAAAAUCUCACAAUGACUCAACAGAAAAUCUCGUUUUCUCUCCACUGGGCUUCAAUCUUUUGCUGGGACAAAUAUCUGCUGGUGCCAAUCCCGUUUUAAAAGAAGCCAUUGGCAAAUUUUUGGGCUGGGAAGAGGCAAAGUUGACCGACAUUCAUGAGCAUCAUGAGAAUCUUUUGCAGAGCUACAAUACUCCAAAAGACGAUAAAGAUACCCUGAAGAUUCACAUAAAUUCUGCACUUUUCUACAGGGACAACAUAAAGAUCUUCAAAGAAUUUGAAGAAUUGCUCGAGAAAUACUACAAAUCUGUCUUAAUUAGCCUGCCAGAAAAAGCCACUGAAGCUGAAAAUCAACAAAUCGUUAAUCUCUGGGUACAAAAUGCGACUGAAGAUUUGAUCAAGGACUUCCCCAUAACUCCAAAUACAAUUUCCCUUUUUGCCAACGUUGUCUAUUUUACUGCAGAAUGGAUAGAGCCAUUCUCUGACCAACUGACUCGCACUGGACAAUUUUUCACAUCCCCCAAAAGCACUAUCAAUGCAACAUACCUUAUGGGGCAGCAGGAAAUUUUCUACAUGGAAAAUCGCGAUUUGGACUUCAAGAUGAUUCGUCUGCCAUACAAUUCGACAAAGUACAACAUUUCCAUGUACAUCCUGUCUCCACAGAAGCACAAUCUCGAGGAUAUUGUAGCAGGAAUGACCCUUGAUACAUUUCUGGGAUACAAAUCAGCCAUGACAAUGAAGACUGUUAACAUAAAAAUGCCAAAAUUGUCCCUAAAAUCCAAAAUCCAUCUCAAAGAUACUUUGAGCAAAUUGACGGAAAAUUCUUCAAAACUCAAAGGCGAUAGAGGAAAUGUUUUUGCUCUCAACAAAAUGUCCAAUAGCUCGAGAACUGUCCUGAGUGAUGUUGUGCAAGAGUCCACAUUCAAUGUUUAUGAGAAAGGAACAACAUUUGCUUCUCUAACCGCUGGAUACAUUAAUUACGAUGGAACUGCCCGGAAUUGUCGAGUUGAUAAACCGUAUUUAGCAAUUAUCUUGGACGAAAGUACGAACAUUGUGCUCUUCUGGACCAGUAUUUACCAGCCAACCAUUUAAGAUACUCAGAAUUGUUAGCAUUAAUUUAUUUAAUUUUUUUAUAGAAUAAAUCUUGAUACACUUU